GCAAAUAUUUUAAAAACUUUUCUCUUUCAUCAUCAGAUAAAUUUUCUCGUGCGUUUUCUCGUGAUUUGCUUCUUUGGAUUAAAUUAUGUUUUGUGUGAGCCACCGAAGAAAAUGCAAAGACCGGUUGUUGUCAAACAAUGGCCAAUAAACCGAAAUGCAGCCCAGAUUCGUGCUAACGGGAUGAUGCUUAACCUUCGAGGUUCUGGAACUGCUAAUAUGUUCUCUAGAUUACCAGCUCCUGGAAUGUUCGUAAAGACAAACUCACCAUUCCGGUUUGCAAUCCCAAUGCGACCAAAUGAAAGGCCGAUUAAGUCAUCGUUAUUGUCUUCUCCUUCAUCUCAUGUAUUCUACAAGUCUAAUUUCCCAUCGCAAGCUGCAGCUUUAAAACGACCAUUUCCACAUCAUUUACCAUCAACUGGAGCAUUUAAAUUUUCAUCGCCAACCCACAAAACAGCCAUAAAAUUCCAAGUCGCACCACCCGUUCCACUUAAAUCUAAGCCAGAGUAUGUUUAUGAGAAGGUGAACGUUCCAAAGUUUGCUGAUCCAAUUCGAUACGGUGGUGGUCAUGAUAGCGCUAUUCACACAAUUCCAGCACCGAACUUGAGUCAAUCACAUGACAAAUCACCAAUUCCAGAUCCACUUGGUAAUAAUUUAAAUACACAAUUUGAUUCUGAUCUAUCUAAAUUUUCUGCUGCCGCAUUUUCUCAAGCUUUUAUAAAACCGAUUCAUCAAUACCAGGUUCAAGAAAACAACAACGACGUAACUAUCAAGAAUACUUUGACUGGUCAUAAAAGUUAUUUCGCACCUGAUAACGAUCCAAGUAUCAGACCUCCAGUUCUCAACCCCAUCGAUGAUCCAUUAAGCACUCCAAGUGACGGAAAACCAAAACCAGCUGACGUUCUUUAUCAACAAAAUUUAGACUUUGGUGCAGCGCCAUUAGUUCAAUCGCAGCAAUUCUCUGCUGAUCCUUUUGCGUUUCCUGUGACAUCACAACCGCAACUUCAACAAUAUCAUCUUCAACAGAGUACCAUGAUGAAGCAAGGAUAUCCAUUAGCAUCAUUAAACCCGACUUAUCUUGUGAUGCAAUCGAACAAUCUUUUGGGUCAACAUCAGCAACAUUUGGGGCCUCAAUUAUUCAGACCAGAAAACGGUUACAUUGACACUUCUUCGAAUGGACAACCUGGUUAUGAUGUGACACAUUCUUAUGAUUAUACAAAACCUCAACAAGUUGCCAGUUUAGGACAAAUUUAUUCAGCGCAAAAAGAUCAAAUUAGUCAACUCGAGCAUUCAAUAUCAUCAACUCAAUCGCCAUUAACAGCAUUGACUUUCAUUCAUCACGAUGAAGCAGCGUCACAAGACAAUCCAGCUUAUUCACAAGUAGUUGAACCGAAGCCAAAUCAUUAUCAAUAUUCACAUCAAAAUUUUAUCGAUUUACCAGAAGAACAUUUGUCACAAAAUGACAUUCAAAAUCUUUUAAACUAUAAUAAUUUGUAUCAAGAUUAUUACAAUCAAAGGCAAAUAGAAAACGAUGUCAUUUUGAGAGAAGCCCAAGAAAGUUUAAAAGAAAAGUUAAACAUCCAAAAACAGCAAGAACAAACAGCUUACGAUUUGCAUCAACUUGUGCAACAAGAAACUUACCAUCCACUGAGAAUUGUAGUUCCCGAUGAAGAACAUCAGUUCCAAAAGAGAAUUGACGAUGAAGCUCAUUCGUAUGAAGAAGACGAACCCGAAGAAUUUGAAGACGAUGAAGAAUCAAAUGAAGAAAGUAACGAGAAUGAACAUUAUGAGUCCAGUAAUUCAAAUCAUUCAUCAUAAUCGAUUAUGAAUCAAUUUUUAAUUUAUAAUUUAAAUUAAUUUUUCUUAGUUUUAUGUAAAAUGUAAGUAAUCUAUUUGUAUGGAUGGAAAGUCCAUUAAGGAAAUAAAUUUCAAUC